AUGCCUAGAAAGUUUUUAGGUGAGAAGAUAGAUAGGAAUACUGAUUUCCUGCGGCCCUCGUCGCUUACGCUGACCGCUGAUGACUUGAAAGUGAUCCCUGAUUUUAAAUGUGAUGAUGAUGAUGCUGUGCUGAGCGGUAACAAAACAGGCAAAAGGUUAUCAAGGAAGUUUGGAGGCACCAUGAGGCUCAAACAACGGCUGGAGUCUGUUCCUGAGCUUUUCUUGCAUGAUUUCAGAAAGAGAAGAGGACAGAAACUUCAAGAGAGGAAUAAUGACGAACAAAUAUCAAGGGCCAAGUUACCACCACAUUUGAGUGGUCUGCGGAGACCCAACGGUUUACCGGCACGUAAACCUCUCCGCACAAUCACUGAAGUGUUACCACCAGUCACAUCUUACAAUAAUAGCAUUGAACAAAACGAAGACGAUUUAUACUAUGUGGAAAAGAAGGAUCCCAAGGAGCAUGUAGUUGAAACGAAUCACAAGGAGAUGCGUCCCUUGGAUAAACCGUUGAUCGAGAAGGUAGAAAAUGUGUACCUAGAACCACUUAUAUUUCCAGUACAAGUUUCAGAGCCAGUAAACCAGAUGUCUAUACCCAUGGAGGAGUUGCAGAAAUAUGGGAAGAGUGACAGUGAAAUACUGUUUGAUGAAAUUAUAUCAGCAUAUGAACCACACAUGGAGACUACAGGAGAUGUUAGUAACGUGCUAAACAGUGAAAUUUUAUCCGUUCUAGAUCGUGUCUCAAAUGCGCCAAAGAAGAACUGGAAUUUGAUGGCUCCAAAAGUGAUAUCAGCAGAGGCGAUUGAGGAAAAUAAACGACUCUCCAUCAACUCUAUUGCUAGCUCGGGUAGAACACCCGAAUCGACUAGGAACUCACGUUUCUGCGAAAAUCUCUCCAGUCCAGAAUACAGUACAGCUGCGAGUGUGUCAGACAGAUGGAGCUCCGGUGAUGAAUUCUCAGAUGUUGCCAGUAGCAACCCUAACUCACAUGCAAUAAGCCAUGAUGGCUCAUACACAACUGCGCUCGGGUCGAUACCAUCAUUGGCUGGAUCUGUAGACAACUUGGACAUCCUGGAUCAAAAGGAUAUCCUAUCACCCACGGUUUCAAAUGAAAUAAUUACAGUAAAGCCAGUUCCUCAAAACACUGUUGAGACAAUGCACGUAACAAAAAUUGUUAUCAAACCCCAGCUAUUUCUCGAUUGGGAAUCUGAAGAAGAGGAUGAUCCAAUCGAUGCCUUGAGCAGACAGGUCGAUAAUAUCGAAAUUGCAAGUGUUUACAGUGGCAGUAGCAGUGUGUACAGUGACCACUUUGCAACCUAG